AUGUCGAUCUCCUCCUGGAAACCAACACAAUCCAACAUGACAAACUUUUCAGUUUGGAGUAUGAUGAACAAGCACCAAGGGAAGGAUAAGGUGGUGGUUAUAUUGGGUGCCACUGGCACAGGCAAAUCGCGCAUGGUGAUAGACCUAGCCACCCGUUUCAGGAUAGAGGUCAUCAACUCAGACAAAAUUGAGGAUUUUGUGCAUCAUGCAUUGCUAGCUGUUGAUGCCAUCGUACAAAAGAAUCGGCUGGCAAUCAAUGCUGGAGGGUCCAAUUCCUUCGUACAGGCACUUGUCAAUGACAAUCUGAGUUUCACUCCAAGUACGAGUGUUGCUUUCUCGGGAUGGACGUGGUGA